AUGGAUCAAGAAGAAUCUGCAGAUGAAAAAUUUGAAAAAUCUCAAUUAUUAUUUACCGGUAAUGAUUUAAAUAAUGAAAACAAAUCGAAAAAUUUCACGGCGGAUAUUUUAAAUGAAAAUAUUUUAUUGACGGAUGAUCACGUGAUAAGCUUGAAAGAAAAUUCGACGAAAAUCUUAUCGGAAUUAUAUAAGAAGAAAAAAAGUAACGAAACCGUUGCCGGAAGUCAAGAAUCGGAUUUUGUUUUAUUUCAAUAUUUUAAAAAUGAAAUAGAAAAAAAUAAAAGGAAUGCAGGAGGAGGAGGAGGAGGAGGAGGAGUAGAAACGCCGGAAAAUUCGACGACAUUUUUAAUAUUAAAAUCCGAGGGUUGUUCAGAUAAGAAAAACGAUGGGGAAAAUUAUAAAAAAAUGAAUAUAUUUGAUCAAUUGCAACAUUUUAAUAAUUUAUCACAAUCAAAUUGGGAAUUGGAAAUGAAAAAAGGACCUAAAAUAUCAUAUGUAAAAUGUAAAGAUUUUAUGAAACAAAAAUUAAAAAAUAAUAAUGAUAAAACUUACAAUAAUCAAGAUGACGAUUCGAAAAUUAUUAAUAAGACUCCCAUGUGUACUUCAUCGUGUACUAAAAUUGAAAUAACAGGACUUAAAAGGCAAGAACGUAUAUUUCAAGGAAAAAAAUCUGCAGGUGAAUAUUUAAAAACGAAAUUUAAUAAUAAAAAGAAAAGUUUUUGUAAACGUCAGAAUUUUUUUACUCAUAUGUGGGCCGACGAUAUGAGAAAAGAAUUAAACGAAUUAAAACAAAGAUUGUAUUGUCUCGAAGAAAAACGUUCGAAUAAAUUUUGUUUUUUCUCAUCGAGGUACGUCCAUCUUUAUUUUUAA